UAUUCAAAAUUCUCUGUAGAACAGGGGCUGCGGUUUCACCCCAGGCAGUUUUAUCACACUGCCGGCCAUGCUGGUCUUCCGCUUCGUGGACCCAUUCCCACCACCGUGGCAUGCGCCAGACAUGCACUGGAACCCCCACCCCCAGCUCGACAUUCCUAUCGCAAACGAGUUGUCCAUGCAGCGCACGUCUGGCGCAGAAAAGUCGCCUGUCGACGAGAAAGGGUCGUAUGAGCUCAAGGAGUUGUCGUCGCCACGGUCGGGGGACGUCGUCCCCCGUCUUUCCUCCGCGACGGUCACGAAAUCCAGGUUGCCGUAUUCGUGGCAACUGGCCAUGAUUAUUCUGACCUGCUUGUGUACAUUCGGUAAUCAUUGGUCAAAUGGCUUGAUUGUGGCUCUGAAAACAACAAUCAUCAAAGAGACAAACAUCAACAACUCACAGUUUGCGACUUUGGUUGCCGUGACCAAUCUUAUCAACACCUUCCUCUGCAUCGGCUUCGGCUUCACGAUCGACAAAUGGGGUGGCGCGAUCAUGUCCGUCAUAUUCGCGGGCUUCCACCUGUCCGGCUCCAUAGUCAUGGCGGGCGCGGCGACAAACAACUUGAACAGCUACCCGCUGCUCAUCCUCGGCAAGGUUCUCGCCGCAAUCGGCGACGGCUCGCUGGACAACGCCCAGCACCGGAUCUUCUCAACGUAUUUCGCGCCGGGACGUGGCUUUGGGUUCUCCAUCGGCACAAUCUGGGGCAUCGCGAACCUCGCACAGUUCACGGGCCAGUCCACCGCGAACGUUAUUACGCAGAACUUGGGGUCGUAUGCCUGGGCACUGUGGAUUAGCUCCGCCAUCGCGCUCUUUUCGUUCCUGUGUGCUAUCUCCGUCGUGCUGCUGGACAUCUACCUCCGCCGAAAAUACAACGUCACGGACCAGACGAGCGGGCGGCGUCAUGUUGGCGCUGCGAAGGCAGGGACCUUCAGGCUCGAUGCAAUCAGGCACCUUCCCGUCACGUUUUGGAUGGUUGUUAUCUUUGCUGUGUUCGAGAACGCGGGCGUACAGUCGUUUGUGUCCAUCUCGACCCAAUUCGCUCAGCAACGUCUCCAGAAGGGUGCCAUCAUUGGUGGCUGGGUGUCCAGCUUCUACCUGCUACUUCCAGCGUGUCUGACGCCGUUCAUCGGGAUAUACAUCGAUGUCUUCGGCCAGCGCAUCGGGUUUUUGUUCAUCUCUGGCCUUACCUUCCUGAUUUCUAUGCUACUUCUCAAAUUCUCGCACAGUGUUCCCACUUUCAUUGCUGCAUACAUCUUCUAUGCCCUUUCGCAAUGCGUCACUCCCGCGCCGCAGGUGGAGAUCAUCCGUAACAUCAUCGCCGACCCACAGUACUUUGCCACGGCCUUCGCGAUCAAGAAGUCGGUGGUACAGGCGUCGAUUGUAAUCAUCACCACGGCCGCGGGCAAGAUGCAGGACGACUCGAGCACGAACUCGCUUGACCCAGCAGUGUCACUCUGGCUCGCGUACGCCUUCAUCUCCGUCGCCGCGUCGGGCACGCUGCUGCUAGCGGCGUACAUCGUGCCGGGCAUGCUCGCCGCCGCGCGGCUCUCGCAGAUCGCGCCGCGGCACCUGCCCGCAGAGGUUGAGAAGCUCGCGCGCAAGUGCGGGCUCGAGAAGCCCGUGGACGACGGCGAGGAGGAGUUCAACGAGACGAAGGUGCUCGAGAGGGAACUCAAGUCGCCGAUGAUCCACUCGCCGCUCUUCCGGCACGCGUUCCUCGCCUUAUCAAUGGGUAUCAUCGUCCUCGGCUGGGUCCUCUUCGGCCUCGGUGUCAGCUGGGGAGUGCACGGCAGCGUGGUUGCCGGCUCGACAGGCGAAUAGAGUGCAAGUGCUGUGCAGUUGUGUAUUAUGGUAUUACAAGCGUACGUGUUUAUGACCAAAUUUGCUGUGAUGGUAGGCCAGGGCGAGCUGAGUAAACUGCCGAACCAUUUGUCAUGGGUGUAGUUCGCGCAAAUCGUCUCUUUUCACGGUGAGAAACUCCGUGAUGACAGUGAUGUCGCGGCCGUAAGUUGG